AUGGAAAACUCACAAUAUGUUACAUGGGCCGAGCUUUUCAAAAUUCAUGUUCGUUCUCACAAGGUCCUUCAUCACAUCAUUCCUCCACCUAAGGGUAAGGAGAAGCCGGCUCCCAAAACUGAUGAGGAAAUUGAAUUAUGGACCACCAUUGACGCCACCGUGCUUCAAUGGAUUUAUUCGACGAUUUCGAAUGAUCUGUUAAACACUAUCAUCGAACCGGAUGCUACUGCCAUGGAGGCUUGGGACCGCUUACGUGAUAUCUUCCAAGAUCAUCAAACUUCUCGGGCGGUGACUCUUGAACAAGAAUUCACGACGACUCGUAUGGAGGAUUUUUCCAAUGCCUCCACCUAUUGUCAACGUCUCAAGAGCCUUGCCGAUCAACUGAAAAACGUUGGGGCUCCCGUGACGAAUAGCCGCCUUGUCCUUCAACUGGUCUCGGGUCUCACUGACGCAUACAAAGGUGUUGGGACACAAAUUCGCCAUGCAAAGCCGCUCCCAUCAUUCACUGAGGCUCGGUCUUCCCUUAUUUUGGAGGAACGUGAACUUGCGGCUAUGGUUUUCUGUGAAGGAUUUUCAGACGGGGAUGCCACUAAUGCGGUGUGA